UGGCUUAACUAAACUGUGACUUUACUACAUAUAUAUUAAAAAUACACUUUAUAACUAUAUACAAACUACAACACUGAGUCAACUCACUUUCCUUCUUGAAUGUCAUAUAAAACGAUGCAGUCGUCGUCGCUGCUGGAUAUGGCGCUUUCUCCGUUCGGACUGUAAUCCACACAGUUGAUUUUCUCUGAGUUUUCUUUAUAUGUUCUGGCCACUCGGAAGCUCCGUAUUACACUGUCUGUGAUCCUCAUAUCUGCAACAGGACACAGUGCAACUUCGCGAAAAAAUAAUGCUCUAUUCUUGUGAUUUCACGAGGCUAUAAUGCCAUUUCUGUCGUUUAGGCUGACGGGGCAAUGGGGGACCCAUGUCCCCUUAAAGUCUACACAAAAAUAUGCUUAGUCUGUUUUAUAAAUACGCCAAAUUGUCACAAUACAUGAUGUACAACAUGCUACAUCCCCGUUACUGUAAUACAACAGUAUUCAGGGGCUACGUAAUGCAUGGUUUUGCGUAUGGUGGUAUACAAGGUGGGCGGUGUUUACGGCAAGCUCAUUCAAAAGACAAAAGCGACCGCGACGUAGAGGCGUCAGAAACGAGCUUUCCUCAAACGAAGGGUAAGGGAAAUUGCGUAUGUCUUAGAUUUACAAAAUAAUAAAAACUAAUCAUAAUAUUUAGCGUUCUGUACAGAAAAUGGCACCAUACGCAGUGAAUAAACCAACACUGGUGUGAUUUUUUAACAUCUCGUAUAUAAUUAUUCCGCCAAAAUGUGUUUUUAUAAAGGUCAUUUUUGUAUGGUGGUAAGAUUUGCUUUUAUUCCGAAAGCUGUGACACGGAAGUAGUUGGAUAGUAAACACCGCAUGUUUCAGGCUGUAUAGUUUUUUUUCCAGUCUAAAAUUAAAGACGUCCAUGCUGAUAUAUAAUGAAUAGCUGCGUAAGAAUAGUUCCUACAUGUGACUGGGCUUUCGGACUCUUCAAACUCACGUCUCGAUUUAAUCAGCAGGUAUACUGUCAACCAUGUCACAGCCGCGGGCUAGCUACUGUUACUGGGGUCAAACACCGACGGACAGCGGCUGACCUGGCCGAAAAGGUCCGCCAGGAUAAGAAGAAGCAAACGGUUGUUGAAGCUCCGAUAUCCAAGCAGCAGAAGAGACUGGCUGAAAUAAAGAGAUACAGUCAACAACUUCAACGCGUUCACCCCAACGUCCUGGCAAAACACCUCCACAAACGGGUGCUGUACCAGGACAAAGAUGUAGUGAUUAUCAACAAACCUCACGGUAUCCCUGUGAGAGAAAAUCCCGAAGGCACAUCCAUUGAGUCUGUACUUCCGGUCCUUUCCAAAAUGAUGGAAGGGAUGAAGAUCAACUCUGAAUCUCAGCUGCUGCCCUGCCUGAAACUGGAUAAGAAUGCAACAGGAGCUCUCCUCCUGGCCAGGAGUGAGGAAAUAGUGGAACACAUGGUCCACCUACACAGGAACAACCAGAUACAGAGUAAAUACUGGGCCGUCACAGUUGGUGUACCUGUGCCAUCUGAGGGAAUCAUUGAUAUCCCCAUCAUAGAGAAAGCCAUCACAGGCCCUCAGCCACACUACAAGGUGUGUCACUGGUACAUUCUACUGUCGGUUCUUUACUGUGACAUUUACAGAUUUAAAGCU